UCAAAACAAAAAUCAAAUUCGUACAAGAAUUUUUUCAUUUUUCAUCCUUUUUGUGACUUUCAAUAACAGAUUUUCCGCGUUUUUCCUCUAAAAAUUACAUCAAGGCAGCUUGAAAUCCAUCAGAAUCAUGUCGAAUUGCGGAGAGCCAUUGACUUUGGCGAAAGAUGUUUCGCGCGCCAUCGAUUUGCUCGAAAAACUGCAAGCGAGCGGAGAAGUGCCCGUCACGAAGCUCGCUGCGCUGCAAAAGGUGCUCCAAAGUGACUUUUUGAAUGCUGUGCGUGAAGUGUACGAGCACGUUUACGAGACAGUGGAUAUCCAGGGGUCGCCAGAUGUUCGCGCCUCCGCUACUGCCAAAGCUACAGUUGCUGCCUUUGCGGCGAGCGAGGGUCAUGCGCAUCCGCGUGUCGUUGAGCUGCCAAAGACAGACGAAGGCUUGGGUUUCAACGUGAUGGGAGGCAAGGAACAAAAUUCUCCCAUUUAUAUUUCGAGAAUUAUUCCGGGCGGAGUUGCCGAUCGUCAUGGGGGACUCAAGCGGGGUGACCAAUUGCUCUCUGUUAAUGGAACUAACGUCGAAGGUGAAAACCACGAAAAAGCAGUCGAAUUACUGAAACAAGCCGUUGGCUCAGUCAAACUCGUCGUUCGUUACACCCCGAAAGUGUUAGAGGAGAUGGAAUUGCGGUUCGACAGACAACGGGCUAAUCGAAAGCGCUCUCAAUACUAAGCUAUUCGAACAUUUUUCGUAUAUAAAUUAAUCGCCAUAAGAAAUAUUAGUAGCCAAGGAUGUUUAAAAACAAAAAAGAAGACAAAUGUUAUUGACAUAAGAAGUCAUUAAAUCGUCAAACACGCAAAUUUUUGCAAUAUUAUGGAUAGUUAAAGUGUAUUUACAGUCGAUCGUCACGUGCGAAGCUGGAAAAGUGGGAAAUUUCGGAUGAAAAUUAUCAAAAAAAUUUUUUUUGAGAUAAAUUUAAAAAAUUUUUAAGUGAAUAUAAACCAAAAAUUGAUUAAAAAUGCAAAAAUUGGCUUCAGACGUCAAUUUUUUUAUAAUUUUUAUAAGCAUCUAAUGUUCAAUUAUUCUUGAACCAGUUAAAAAAUGAUCAAAAAUAUUCCAUUUUCGAUCAUCAGGACUCCAAAAAUAACCGAAACUUAUUAAAAAAGCAGCUUUUCACUUGAAAUCAAUUCAAAAUGAUUUCAAGAAACCCAAAAAUACUCAAAUAAAUUCCAGUGUUGAACAAUUUUUUUGCUAGAUUUCAUAAAAAAUUUAAAAAAAUGACGUCUGCUGGGUUCUAAAAGCCAAAAUUUUGUCAAGUACUUAAAAAAUAAUCAAAAAAUCGAAAAUUCCUACUUGCUCUUUGCUCGUGACUACAAUAAUUGGAGCGUUUCUCAGCAUUUCUUCACAUCUUUCAUUCGACAAGUACUCGAAAAGGAAGUCAGCACAUGAAUUUCUUACCUUAAAAUAAAAUUUAAAAAAUAAUUAAUUAAA